AUGUCGGCUGUCGAGGCGAAAAAGAGAGGGGCCUUAGCGAAGUCUCGCGAGGUACAGAUCACGAGGGCGGAGCCAGAGGCCCACUUCCGGCCAGGGGCUGGGCCUUGGGCGGGACUUCCUCCUUCUCGCGCAGCCGCGUCACCCGUCGUCUCGUCUUCCUUCAGUCUUCGUCAAGUUUACUGCGCAAUCCCGGGAAUGGAACUUGCCCGUUCUUCACGCUGCUUCAGUCCUGAAGAUAUUAAUGGAAAGACUCCAGUCCCUGGCACAAACCCGGACAUGAAUUAUAUGGAACUGCCACUAGCUGCCACUAGUCCUGGGAGUGGCAACACAGAAGCUGUGGUACUAAACUGCUCGUUGUGUCUCCAGGACCUGCGGAGUGCCGGUUCCAGGCUUCUACCCUGCCAGCACUUGCUCUGUAAGGACUGCUUCCAGGGCUUGAUCCAAGAGUUGGCCCAGGUUGCCAAGGCUCAAGGGGGUAAGCUCAUCUCCUGUCCUGGUUGCAAGCGAGUGUACCUUACCAGGGAUGUAACAGAACAUUUUUUCCUACAGUGCUUUCCUGAGGGGCAGCCCAAAAUGGCCAGGAACUGCUCGGAAUGCAAGGAGAAGAGGGCAGCACACAUCCUCUGCACCUACUGCAACCGCUGGCUGUGCAGCUCCUGCACCGAGGAACACCGGCACGGCCCCGCACCAGGGGGUGCGCUCUUUCCCCGGGCCCAGAAGGGAUCUCCAGGCGUGAAUGGUGGUUCUGGGGACUUUGCUUUGUACUGCCCUCUACACACACAGGAAGUGCUCAAGCUGUUCUGCGAGACCUGUGAUGUGCUCACAUGCCAUAGCUGCCUCAUGGUGGAACACAAGGAACACAGGUGCAGACAUCUUGAAGAAGUUUUGCAAAACCAGAGGAUGCUUCUGGAAAGUGUGACUACACAGGUGGCACAUAAGAAAUCUAAUCUACAGACAUCUGCAAAGCAGAUUGAGGACAGGAUUUUUGAAGUGAAGCAUCAGCACAGGAAGGUGGAAAACCAGAUCAAAAUGGCAAAAAUGGUUCUCAUGAAUGAACUGAACAAACAGGCCAAUGGACUCAUAGAGGAGUUAGAGGGCAUUACUAAUGAGAGGAAGCGGAAGCUGGAGCAGCAGCUACAGAGCAUCAUGGUUCUCAACCGACAGUUUGAGCAUGUACAGAAUUUCAUCAACUGGGCUGUCUGCAGCAAAACCAGUGUCCCUUUCCUUUUCAGCAAAGAACUGAUUGUGUUUCAGAUGCAGCGAUUGCUAGAGACAAGUUGUAACACAGAUCCUGGCUCUCCUUGGAGUAUCAGAUUCACCUGGGAGCCUAACUUCUGGACCAAGCAGCUGGCUUCCCUUGGCUGCAUAACUACUGAAGGUGGACAGCUGUCCCGGGCAGAUACUCCAGCCUAUGGAGGCUUACAGGGGCCAUCAUCCUUCUAUCAAAGCCACCAGUCCUCAGUGGCUCAGCAAGAGGCUCUUAGCCACCCCGCACACAAGUUCCAGUCCCCAGCACUGUGUUCCUCAUCAGUGUGCUGCUCCCACUGCUCCCCAGCCUCCCCCUCCCUCAAAGGUCAGGCUCCCCCACCCAGCAUACAUCCAGCCCACAGCUUUAGGCAGCCCUCUGAGAUGGUGCCUCAGCAGCUGGGGUCAUUGCAGUGCUCCACCCUGCUGCCCAGGGAGAAAGAGCUGGCCAGCAAUCCUCAUCCGCCAAAGCUGCUGCAGCCCUGGCUGGAAACCCAGCCAGCUGUAGAGCAGGAGAGCACACCCCAGAAGCUGGGGCAGCAACUGUCUUCCCAGCCCAUCUGCAUCGUGCCUCCACAGGAUGUUCAGCAAGGAGCCCAUGCACAGCCCACCUUACAGACACCCUCUAUCCAAGUCCAGUUUGGCCACCACCAGAAGCUGAAGCUUAGCCACUUUCAGCAGCAACCACAGCAGCAGCUGCCACCUCCACCCCCUCCCCCUCCCCAGCAGCAGCCACCCCCACCUCCAUCCCAGCAUCUAGCCCCGAGUCAGCAUGAGAACCCUCCCGGGCCUGCUUGUUCCCAGAAUGUGGACAUAAUGCACCACAAAUUUGAGCUGGAAGAAAUGCAGAAAGACCUGGAGCUUCUCCUUCAGGCUCAACAGCCCAGCCUGCAACUGAGUCAGACCAAAUCUCCUCAGCAUCUUCAGCAAACCAUUGUGGGGCAGAUCAACUACAUCGUGAGGCAGCCAGCUCCGGUCCAGUCCCAGAACCAGGAGGACACCCUGCAGGCUGCAGAUGAGCCCCCAGCAGCUGAAGGUCCAAAGCCAGCCCUCCCUCUUGACAAGAACACUGCUGCUGCCUUGCCCCAAGCAUCUGGGGAAGAAACCCCUCUCAGUGCUCCCCCUCUGGACAGCACCAUCCAGCACUCCUCUCCAACUGUGGUGAGAAAGCACUCUACCUCGGUGAGCAUCAUGGGCUUUUCCAAUUCUCUGGAGAUGGAGGUAUCAUCUCCCAGGCUGACAAGGACCCGUGAGCCCCAGAUCCAGAGCGUGAGCAGCCUGACAGCUGGCCCUCCCCAGGCAGUGCCAAGCCUACUGAGUGGACCCCUGACAAGUGGUCAAAGCCAGACCGUGCCUGGUCAGACAAAUAGCCACCUGCAGACCAUGCCCAGCCUUGUGCGUGGCACCCACCAAUCCAUGCCUAAUCUGAUGAGUGAACCUCCCCAGGCUGUCAGAAGCCUGACAAGUGAUCACUCUCAGGUUGGGUCCAGCCUAAUGUCUGGUCACACCCAGGCUGUGCCUACCUUGGCAACUUGUCCUCUGCAGAGUGUGUCGCCAGCUUCUGAUACACAGCCAGAAACUGGAUCCAGCUCCAGCUCUAGCUCUGGCUCUGCUCGGGCUGUGCCCUUGUGCCCUGGGGACGGAGCAGACCACUCCCUAGGAAAUGCCCUAUGUAAGCUGGAAAGUGAGGAGCCCACCCGAUUCACUGACUCUCUGGUGCCAGUCCCCACAGCCCUUGGUCUGGAUGCUCCCAAGGACUUGGUUCUCCCCUCAGAACUGGAGGAACCAAUUAACCUGUCGGUGAAAAGGCCUCCAGUGGCCCCAGCAGUCAACACAUCCAUGGCUCUGCAACAGUAUCGGAACCCAAAAGAGUAUGAGAAUUUUGAACAAGGAGACCUCAAGCUGGAUACAAAAGAGAACCAGAGCAUCAGAGCCUUCAACAAUGAGCCCAAGAUUCCCUAUGUGCGACUGGAGCGACUCAAGAUCUGUGCCGCCUCCUCAGGAGAGAUGCCAGUGUUCAAGCUGAAGCCACAGAAGAAUGAUCAGGAUGGGAGCUUCCUGCUAAUCAUCGAGUGUGGCACUGAGUCUUCCAGCAUGUCCAUUAAGGUCAGCCAGGACAGCCUGCCUGAUGCCAUCCAGGCCCCAAGUCUUGGGGGAAGAAAGGUCACUGUCACUUCUCUGGCUGGGCAGCGGCCACCAGAGUUGGAAAGUGCAUCUUCUGAGGAGCACAGACUCAUUCCUCGAAUCCCUGGAGCCAAGAAGGGGCCCCCGGUCCCCAUCGAGAAUGAGGACUUCUGUGCUGUGUGCCUCAAUGGGGGAGAGCUGCUGUGUUGUGACCGCUGCCCCAAAGUGUACCACCUCUCCUGCCACGUGCCAGCCCUGCUUAGCUUUCCAGGGGGGGAAUGGGUGUGUACCUUGUGCUGCAGCCUGACCCAACCCGAGAUGGAGUACGACUGUGAGAAUGCCCGCUACAACCAGCCUGGAGUGCGGGCCCCUCCUGGACUGAGCAUGCAUGACCAGAAGAAGUGUGAGAAACUGGUGCUGUCCCUGUGCUGUAACAGCCUCAGCCUGCCCUUCCAUGAACCUGUCAGCCCCCUGGCCCGGCAUUAUUACCAGAUUAUCAAGAGGCCCAUGGACCUGUCAAUCAUCCGGAGGAAGCUGCAAAAGAAGGACCCAGCUCACUACACCACCCCAGAGGAGGUGGUGUCAGACGUGCGCCUCAUGUUCUGGAACUGUGCCAAGUUCAAUUACCCUGACUCCGAGGUUGCUGAGGCCGGCCGCUGCCUAGAAGUAUUCUUUGAGGGCUGGUUGAAGGAGAUCUACCCAGAUAAAUUGUUUGCCCAGCCAAGGCAGGAGGACUCAGACUCUGAGGAGGUGUCUAGUGAGAGUGGAUGUUCCACUCCCCAGGGCUUCCCGUGGCCCCACUACGUGCAGGAGGGCAUCCAACCCAAGAGGCGUCGGCGCCACAUGGAGAAUGAGAGAGCAAAACGAAUGCCAUUCCGCCUAGCCAACAGCAUCUCCCAAGUGUGA